AUGAGCACUACACCAAGCCAGCUAGGAGCUAAUAUGCUCAGCGGGCUUUCUACGCAGCAAUUGGCUGCAUUAACUGGAGUGCUUGGUGGACAACACGGUUUCAACCAAGCACAAUUGGCUGCUCUCACAGUGCCUGGAGGUGUCGGCAUUGCGAAUACGCUCAGCGGCGGAAUUGUCACUGUCUCUCAACAGCAAGUGUGCACACCAGUGCAGCCAGCCGUAGCCGCUGAAGGCAAAAACAGCAUUAAUGCGGCACCGCAGAACGGUAGCGGAUCGACUGCGGAUAUUGCAAUCCCUUCACUUCCCUGGCCCAUAGUCUCACCAAUGAUGAGCAUUCCAUAUUUUGAUCUCGCUUCUUAUCGACUGGUGGACCUUGAUGUCGCUCCUAGUCGUGAUGCCAAUGGGUUCGAUCUUCCACUCGCCGACGUUACAACCCUCCGAUUUUUUUUUAACCUGGGGGUGCAGCAUUCUCGCUCUUUAGCAGCAACCCAGCUUUACCAAGAGAGAUUGGCUCAUGGCGGUGUGAUUCCGACUCUGUCAACAAGUGUCAGUCAGACUCCGCAAACAAGUCUUCCCACAGUCCCUCAGCUUGGGGGAGUGAACAUCCUCCCAUCACUUGUUAACCUGGGUGGCUCACGCGCAAUGGAACCGUAUCUUGGCCAGCUCAACAUUAUGAGUCCACAUGCACAGGCAUUGCUUAGGGAAGCAUCAUCACAUCAUAUGACCCAACAAGCGCAAGCUCUCGCCGCCAUUUCUUCUCGGUUACCAGAUCGCCAUCUGCCUGGCUUCGCUGGCUCUACGGUUCCUGUUGAUAUUUUUGCGAUGGCUGCCCAGCUUCCUAUCUCUGUUUCAGUGUCGGCCCCUGCCCCACAGCUACUUCGGCAGCCGAUUCUACCUAAUGGAGCUGCUUCUAUGUCGUCUAACACUUCCGCAUCGCCCUUAAAUUCGAAGCAAAUGCCACCGAACUCUGCUGCUACAGAACAACAGUCGUACUACUUGCAGCAGGCUCUUUCUGUAGUAGCAAAUGUCCAGACUGAGAAAACAGAAACGCGAAUGCACAUGCUACAACAGCAAGCAGGUGGCCUUGGAUUGCAUGCCUUUGUCCGGACAUCUCCAGAAGAGAUUUUGAAACCGGUCGCUCUGGGAGGUGGGAGCAGCGAUGCAGCUUUGUCUCCACGACCACCGCCAGUGGAUCCAAGUCCUCCACGUAUAAUAACGGAUACUGUUACUAGCAUCAGCGAAGGCACUCCUUUCACUGUAGUGCACCAGCAGGUGCGAGAUGAGUCACAAGUAAUUCCUGCACAAACAUCUCCACCUGCCUCACGUGAUCAAUGUAUGCAAAUACUAGAGAAAAACUAUAUCUCACGAAAUAAUACCUCUCCGCAAAAUCAGCGUGGGCUUGGUUCUACCACGCAGUUGGUAUCCAGAAUUACACCGCAAAGUAGUGCGCCAUCAACUCCUGUCUUGACAGCUGAUGAUGUGGUACCCGUUUCACAGACAUUAUUCCAAGUAUCAGAGCAGCACUUUACGGAGGCAUUUAAUGCAAGUCGCAAAAAGAGCAUCUCGCAUCCAAUUGGUAUCGCCCGAAAGGACAACAUCAAUACGCGAGAGGAUAGCGUAAACGCCGAGUGUUCUUCUAUACCCAGGCCUAACCAAGCUAUAGAUAGGAAAGAUCAGGUUGAGAAGCCGGCGUUGGCACCCAUUUUAAUGAUGACGUAUUUGAGCAACUGUAUGAACAACAUCAAAUCCACUCUCAACACAAAUGGGCUUCCUGUAGGACUAGAUGCCAAUGGCCGUGCUGUCGAUUAUUCUUCUCGUCCAAUAGAUCCAAUUUUUCAACAGGCGCGAGCUCGGAUGGAAAAUGCUCGUGAGUUUCGAGGAGUCUCACCUCCAAAUGCGAUCUCUCAGCUGUCUUCCUCUCGUGGCGCAGUUCUUGACGAUGGUACAGUUAUUUAUUUCACAGGUCCGAGAUUUUCCCCUCUAUCACUUGCUCCCAAAAUCUCUCCAUCUUCCUCUGUCUCUUCAAAGACAAGCACGAAUCCACUCGGAAUCAAUAGGGUAGUCCCAGAUGCGAUUGACGUGGAACGAAUUGAACACGGCGUUGCUGAUACAAACUCACCAGUAGGGAAACGCAUGCGGGUUGGUUCCGAGGAGAAUAGUCACUAA